CACGCCGAAGCAGACUACAGAAGAACCGGCUCGCAGGCUAUAUCACUCUAAAUACCAGAGCUCCCUGUGGUUUUAACUAUCGCGUAAGAGACUAAACUUUAGCAUACUAGAAUACUAUUGGGUUCGCUGUGGCACUGAGGCCGAAUCAAGGAGAGAGAUGUCUUUCUGUGCCCUUGCGAGCAAAGAAAAAUUCAAGGACCAUUUCGAAGCAGGUGUGUAUACGUGUGCUGAAUGUGGACAAGGUCUAUUCCAAGCUAAAGCUAAGUAUGCUCAUCAUACACCAUGGCCAGCAUUUGGGACAACUAUCAGUGAUGAUGCAGUUACAAAGGAAUUGGAGACAGAGAAACAGGAAAGCUCUGAUAAACCUUCCUUUAAGGUGUUUUGCAGCAGGUGUAAAACUCAACUUGGUCAUGAAUUUAUAGGAGAUGGACCCGAUGGUACAUCACGCUUCUGAAUAUACUCCGAGAGGUUGGCUUUUGCCCCACACCAGGAAAAGCACACAAGCUCGUAGUCUAUGUAGCUAUUGUGAAUUCACCACUGGUGGCAUUAUCAUACAGAGUCGCUUCUGCUAAAAAUGAUGUGUUAUACCUAAAUCUCCAUGUUACUGGAAAGGUAUAACACUGAUGAAUGAGGUAGCCAUUAACAUGAGUGUGAUACUAGUUGAUCCUGUAUUCAAGAAAAAAAGGGUUUUAUUAAAGGAAGCUAGAUUGAAAUUUUAAAAAAUAUACAUACAUUCUUUAUUAAAUAUAUGUGAUAUUACAAA